UGAUCUGUUCUGAUUGGUCUGCAGUGUUGAGUAGUGUGAAGACGGGCAGUUCGGAUCGGGGAAGAUUUGUUCGUGGAGACGGAGAUGACGGUGCUGUUAAUGGGAUUGGAGAGGAUGGGAGUGGUGACAGAGCUGCCUUAGGUAAUGGCCUCCCCUCCACCCCACGACCGGAGUCGUCGCCCCAGCGAGGACCAGGAUGAGGAGGACCCAGUGGACCAGAUGAUCAGCAGGACAGGCUGUGGGGAGCUGCACUAUGCUGUCCAGGAGUGCAUGGCCGAGCACCAGGACUGGAGGAAGUGCCAGAGCCAGGUCCAGACCUUCAAAGACUGCAUGAUGACCUUCCAGAAAGCCCGGAAGGAACAGCUGAUGAAGCAGAGGCCUACAGAGUCGGCUUAGAAGAGCAGAGUGGUCGGGUGUUUCAUUAUGUAUCUGGACUGAUAACUGACAUAUGAACAUUUAGUUUUGUCCACUGACGUUAUGAUCGGAAGAAGGCAAUUGGUUAGCGUGACUAAGACAGUCCUUCCCAAAUGGUGGAUCUCAACUGAUAUUUUUGGGCCACAGCCCAAGACUGGGUCCAUGUUGAAACACAGGUUUUUUGUGUAACUGGUGGGUCACAAGAUUACACAUAAAGCUGUAGAUUCAACAAGUCGUGGGAAAAUACAAUGUUAAAGUACAUACUAUCACACUGCUUAGAGCACAGACUGUUUGUCACAGUAUUUCGUAUGACAGAACCUUCACUCGGACUGUUUGCCCUUUUCCUCUGGGCUUUUCCUGAUGCAUCUGGACUAAUAAUGGAGGAAUCUCUUCCCUAAAUCAAUCAUGUGGUUUGGGUGUGUGUGUGUGUGUGUGUGUGUGUGUGUUGAAACACUACAACAUUCACAUUUCAACCACUACCUGCUUGUAAUUAAUUGGUUGGAGGGUGGACGGGCGUGUGCCUGCCAAGAGAGAGAGGGAGUCUUCAGUUCCUGUAGUGGCAGAGUUAACGGGCACCAUUUAAUGUGCUUUUAUUCACUUUGACAUAAUAAAACUCAAUAUAUCACCAUCA